CUCCGCAGCUGAUCCGAGAGGCGAAGUUAAGGCGCAAAAUGGUGUCCUCCCCCGCCAUCCUGCGACUCUGCCGAUGGGGCCCAAAGAACUGGGCGCGGUCGCGGGGACCUUCAACGCUGAGACCGGGUGGCCAGGUCUCCUGGCUUACAGCCCGGACGGCGGUGACGGUGACGGUGGAACCCGCGGGCCGCAGCCUCUGGGACGAGCCCGUGCGCAUCUCGGCCAGCGGCCUGGCCCCUGAGCAGCGGGUCACGCUCCGCGCGUCCCUGCGCGACGAGAAGGGCGCGCUCUUCCGGGCCCACGCGCGCUACUGCGCCGACGCCCACGGCCGGCUGGACUUGGCGCGCGCGCCCGCGCUGGGCGGCAGCUUCGCGGGGCUCGAGCCCAUGGGGCUCUUCUGGGCCCUGGAGCCCGAGCAGCCCUUGCUGCGGCUGGUGAAGCGGGACGUGCAGACGCCCUUCACGGUGAAGCUGGAGGUGUGGGACGGCCACGAUCCGGAGCCCGGGCGGCUGCUGGGCCGGACGGAGCACGAGCGCCACUUUCUGGGGCCCGGGGUGCGGCGGGAGCCGGUGCGCGCGGGCCGGGUGCGCGGCACGCUCUUCCUGCCGCCAGGCCCUGGGCCCUUUCCUGGGAUUGUGGACAUUUUUGGAGUUGGAGGUGGUCUUCCAGAGUACCGAGCGAGUCUGCUGGCAGGGAAGGGCUUUGCUGUGAUUGCUUUGGCUUAUUACCUCUAUGAAGACCUGCCCAAGGGCAUUCAGGCCCUCCAACUGGAGUACUUUGAAGAAGCUGUGGACUAUCUGCGCAGUCAUCCUCAGGUCCAAGGUCCUGGAGUUGGGCUGCUUGGGAUUUCCAAGGGGGGCGAUCUCUGCCUCUCCAUGGCCUCUUUCCUGAAGGGUAUCACUGCCACAGUCAUAAUCAAUGGCUCUCUGGUCAAUGUUGGUGGAAUAUUACAUUACAAGGGAACGGUCCUGCCCCCUGCGCCUCUGAACCUAAACCGAGUCAAGAUGACCAAGGACGGCUUUGUAGACAUUGUGGACGUUCUGAACAGCCCUUUGGAAGAAGAAGACCAGAAUAGCAUCAUUCCUGUGGAAAGGGCUGAGAGUGCCCUCCUGUUCCUGGUGGGGCAGGAUGACCACAACUGGAAGAGUGAAUUCUAUGCUAGAGAGGCCUCGAAGCGCUUAGAGGCCUGUGGUAAGAAGCCCCAGGUCAUCUGUUACCCAGAUGCAGGUCACUAUAUUGAGCCUCCUUACUUCCCCAUGUGCCACGCUUCCCUGCACAGCCUUGUGGGCCAACCUGUCAUCUGGGGUGGGGAACCCCGGGCUCACUCCAAGGCCCAGGAGGAUGCCUGGAAGCAGCUCCAGGCUUUCUUCCACAAACACUUGGGUGGUAAAUAAUCUGGGAACUGUCCUGGAAUUAUAAUCCAUUACUUAAGUUUUAUACACGGGCAUGCAGGAAAAUCAUGCUCAGGAAAAUCUGUUAGGGAUCCUCCAUUUGAAUUUAUGAUAACUCUUUAAUGUUUGCAUAUCUUAUAGUAAAAUUAUUACUAAAAAAAUAAUAUCAAGAAUGAAAAGUGAGCCUUAAGGAGAAAUAAAUCUUGUUAAAGGUUAAUAUCAAGCUGCUAUCUCCUAUCUGUGUGACUGCUCUCACUACCAUCAUCCUCCCAAAGUAACCUUUCUGAUGAUUUUGAUGUGUGACCUUUCAAGUGUUAGCUUUUUAAUAUGCACAUAUGUCAUGAUAAAAGGUGUCUUGUUUUUUAAAUAUAAUUUUGAAAAGGA